GAACAACUUUCUCUUCAUUACUAUUAUUAUUUUUUUCUUUCUGCCUUACAGCAAUGUAAGAGGUCAUCAUCAUAAUCGAGAGCUUGUUCAAAGGUCACAUUAAGAAGAAUAUAUCGUCUGUUGGGGCAUUGUAACGGAAACGCUCCAUGAGUAGAUUAUUUGCGUGAGUGGAUAACUGAGGAAAUUGAAAUUCCCUGUAAUGACUUAUGAUCCCCUCUUAGAAAAUAUUUCUUUCUGAUUAGUACAAUAAGUGUUUAAUUUAAAUAUAUGGCGACUCCGGAUAUCGCAUACAUUACAGCCCGUAGCUCGUUUGUAGCUAAUUUUAAGCAAAAUUGGCAGACCUCCGUUCUGCGCCAUGGAAUUAUUAAAUGCAUAUCUCAGCAAGUUUGCCCACUGUUGUAUCUGUUACACAAUGAAAGCAUAUUGUUUUCCGCAGCACUAACCCCUGACGUGGACAUGGCAUGUUCCAAAGUCUAGCAGGGGUGGCUUACUGGCAGCACGUUCAGGUCACGUGUAUUUCCUGCUGUUUUUGCUUUCCAUAUUUGGGAAUUGGAAGUAACGUCACCAACGUUGACAGAAUGUCAACAAAAACAUUGAGUUUUCCCAAACGAAGAUUUUUUCUUGACAUCUGCAAGGUUUGCUUUCCUACCAACGGCGUCAUUUUUGUUGUAACAUUCGAAGCUUCGACUAAUUUCUUCGCAACAAAUCUGUUUUGAAUUAUUUCGUCCGCGAAAGAGCGCUAAUUUUUCCUGCAGAAGCUCAAAUAUUUGACCAGAAAACCGGCUCCUUCUUCGUUUACAAAAUUUGCAUCACACAGAUCUCUCAAGAACCAUAACGAAUUUUGGCGGACUAGUCGUUUUUACACUUCAACUGCAUUAAAACGGAAAAGGUGACUUAUCAUUGCAAAUUGGCCUUAUUGCUGAUCAAAGAAAUUAACUCAGGAUGUGGACCGCGAUUUCAAGUUAUAUUUGGGGCGAAACAGACGAGCAACUUGUCCCGGGAUCGGUCGACGACACCCAAAGCGUCGAUGACGAUUGGAUUUUAGUGGACGUUCAAAAAGGCAAAAAAUGUGACGAGAAAGAAAACGAUGAUCCUAAGUUAAAAGCCCAAAUCCAACUGGAGGAAAGUUGGUACGUUACUCCACCGCCUUGUUUUGAGGCGAGCGGGCUUUCCCCCGAAGUUUUGGAAGCAAGCCCGAUGGAGGAUCUUCUUAUCGAACAUCCCAGUAUGUCUGUGUAUGGUCCAGGUAUAAGACGGCAUUCUCCUUCACUUUCCUCAACAUCCCGGAAUUCUAGCACAGCUAGAAACGGAGAAGAGGUCGUGGAAAGGAGGGAACCGCGUCGUACUGUCCAAUUUCAAGCGCAGCUCGAGUUAAUUGAAAAGAGGCGACAAACCGAACCUCCGCUCCAAGGCAGCAUUCGCGCCAACAGAAAGAACUUAAAAAAGCAAAAUAUGGUUCAUUUUCAGAAUAAUUCUAGAAGCAAACGAAAUAAAAAACGAAAUAGGAUGCUAGGAAAACACGUUGGACUACACGGCAAAAGGGGCUGUUGACCUUCGCUAGAAUUUUAAUAUUCAAGAGCGACGCUUGUGGAUUAGCGUGAGGGUCUAAAGUCCGUCGAUUGUAAAUAUUUAAAACAUUCCUAUUUAUAUUCUUUCGGAGGGUAUAGUUUGCUUCCCAGAGUAGGUUCAUUAUUUCCCUUGUGUAUUGUAUUCCUCGCUAUGAGGAAGAUAUUAAUAUAAUUUGAUCCUGGAAACAUAAACUGGGCUCAAAUUUGUUAAAUAGCUCGCGGAGAUCGCACUUCCAGCUAUGUAAUUUAUGUAUCAUUCUUAGGUAGUACGGAUCGACGAGAGUAUGGUUGGCAUUAUUUUAUUUUUCUUAUGACGAAAACGAAAAAAAAAUCGAUAUAAUUUUGAAAAUUUGAAACAAGAAAUACAAUUUCACUAAAUUUCAUACAUUAUAUGGUCUGAUAUUACCGUCUUGAGUAUAACCUUGAGAUUGAAAUAAACCAAAUUUGAACUAAAGUUCACGUUGCUGACUUACGUAAAUGAUUACGUAAUGUGAUUACUGAGUGAGUGUAGCAGGUUAGCUAAUGAACUCUCAUCUCGCAUGCAAUUCUGGUAGCUAGGUUAAGCGUAGUGUCAAGUGGAAUGCUGAACUUAGCCCGUAAUUAAUGAUUCGAUAGGGGGUUUUCUAGAUGGAAGACAAAUUAUGCAAAACAAACAAACCAAUGCGGUGCCAAUGUUACAUUAAUGCUAGAAUAAUGAAAUUAAGCGUCAUAGUGCUGUUGUUGAAAAAUCAUACAAACAUCGGAAUGAGUGUGCUUUGCAUUUUCCUUCCUCUAGUUAACUGAAGGCCUUUUCCUACAUCUACAACAUCUUAAUUUUCCAAUGCCUCAAGAAGAACAAUAAUAAUUUUAUCACCAACACAACUUUACCAGGGAUGAUUAAAAAUUGUCUUGCAGAUGCAGAUUGAGUAAAUUUCCAUAAUAAAAAAAAAUAAAAAAUUUCCACGAACAGGUGUUAUCACUCGAAUUCACUGUACAGAGUUGUGGGAUUUUCUACUACACCAAAACUGGUAGAUUGCAAACUUAGCUCCCACACAAUCACUUCACUUAACCCUUAAAUUCCCAGAUCAAAUUUGUCAUUCUCCUCACUGUCAACCAUACAAUUCUUAUACUGUUAGUUCAGAGAAUUAAGAACUGGCUCAACUACUUUUCCCCAAAUUGAUAUUUUACUUUAUUCUCAUCACUUAUCUAGUUGAUAUUGUACUGAUGUUGUGAGGAGAGAUUUUGUUUUAGUCACUCAUGGGAUUUAAAGGUUUAAACUAAAAAUAAACUUGAUGAUGAACAUUUGCAAGGUUAAGUUCGUCUAAACUUAAUAAUGUGUAGUUGUAUCAAUCUUUACAGUUCAAAGUUGUCAAAAAUAUUUUGGGUAAUUGGUUUGUAAUACAAAGUACAUCACCUGA